ACUGUUAUUCUGGCACCUUCUAAUUCCUGGUUCAGCCUUUUUUGCUACAGAGAAAAGCCUUUUAAUGAGCUUUAUUUGACCUUAAUGUUUGUUAUUGUUAUCAUAACACACCUUCCUGAACACGUCCAGAAUCUUUUGUUUUGAAACAUUGAGGAAGUUGUUCUUCCCAGAGUGUCCGUUGGUUCAACUUGACACCAGCCCGUGACGCCAUCUUGAAAUGGUCCCGAGCAGAGGAGGCGAGGAGGAGACGGACUUGGGAGAACCAGCUCGUCCUAAACUCGAUAUCUGCCUCAGCUACACGGAUUAACAGCAGCUUUAGAGGUUACUGCUAACACACGAUACUGUUUCCACUUGUUGGUUGAAGUUAUUUGGACGUGGAGCGGCUGUUUGGGACACUUUGGGGGGCGGCUAUAGGACGGAGAGGAGCCCUUUAAUCGGUUGUUUCCCUGCCGGAGAGGACGGAGCUUGUGGCCGGGCAGACCUGCAGGACUGUCGGGGAGCCAAACUGACGGAAUAUACCAAAAACUACAAUAAAUAUAAACCCUCUUUUCAUAACACUAGACUGGAAAUCCUGAUUUAACCCCCUUUUUGACGUUUUAAAGCAAUGCGACGGAGCUGCUCCCAGGAUAAGUUGGAUUGGAGGACAGCGGAGUGCGCUUGAUUUCCAGUCCGAUGGAUGCUCGCCCUGCCCGGGGUGGCUCUGCUCUCUUCCUCGCUGGUUUAAAAGCAGCAGGUUAACAGGCUCAGGUGAACACCUAUGUUCAUAACAAUGCUGCAGAUCUGGCAAGUGCAUGACAGCCCUGGCUCCAAAGCCAAAAAGUCAUCUGCUUGUGUGUAAAUCUUGGAAAUACCACCAUCUUCUUCAUCACCCUCCUCUUCACCCUGGGAUAUUCUGACUUCAGGCUCAUUUUUGACAUUUUAAGAUGUCCUGUUUGCAGAGACAGUUCUCUUUAAGGCAACAAGACUUUUAAUUUGACUCAGUUCUUUUGAGAUUUUGUGCUUUUUUUUGUUUGUUUUUUUUAUUUCCAGUCAGAGGAUCAGAUUCGGAUGGAAAAUGGGAGACGCCACCAAACUGGCCUUCGCCGUUUUCCUCAUCUCCUGCUCUUCAGGUGCCAUCCUGGGACGCUCGGAGACGCAGGAGUGCGCCUACUACAACUCCAGCUGGGAGAAGGAGCGCACCAACCGCAGCGGCAUCGAGCCCUGCUAUGGCGAGAAAGACAAGCGGCGGCACUGCUUCGCCACGUGGAAGAACGUGUCCGGUACCAUCGAGAUCGUCAAGCAGGGCUGCUGGCUGGACGACGUCAACUGCUACGACAGUAAUGAGUGUGUGGAGAGGAAGGAGAGCCCCGAUGUCUUCUUCUGCUGCUGUGAAGGCAACAUGUGCAACGAGAAGUUCCUGUACGCUCCAGAAGCGCCCCCACAGAGUGACCCGCACCAUUCGACCGCCUACACCACCUCCAACCCAUUUUCCCAGAAGCCCCAGCUCUUCAGCACUCUGCUGUACUCCCUGGUCCCCAUCAUCGGCCUGGCCGCCGUCGUCCUCUUCUCUUUCUGGAUGUGGAGGCAUCACAAACUGGCCUACCCAGCUGCCCUGGUCCCCACACAUGACCCCGGACCCACUCCCCCGUCUCCCCUUAUGGGACAAAAGCCUCUGCAGCUGAUCGAGGUGAAAGCCAGGGGGCGCUUCGGGUGUGUGUGGAAGGCUCAGCUGCUCAGCGAUUACGUGGCAGUGAAGAUCUUCCCCAUUCAGGACAAGCUGUCUUGGCAGAACGAGUAUGAGAUCUACAGCGUGUGCGGCAUGAAGCACGACAACAUCCUCCACUUCAUCGGUGUGGAGAAGAGGAACAACAACCUGGACCUGGAGCUGUGGCUCAUCACCACCUACCACGACAAGGGCUCGCUCACAGACUACCUGAAGGCCAACGUGGUGACGUGGAACGAGCUGUGCCACAUCGCUCAGUCGGCAGCCCGAGGCCUGGCCCACCUCCAUGAAGACAUCCCGGGGCACAAAGAAGGACAUAAGCCCUCCAUCGCUCACAGGGACAUCAAGAGUAAGAAUGUGCUGCUGAAGAAUAACCUGACAGCCUGCGUCGCAGACUUCGGCCUGGCCCUGAAGUUUGAGGCCGGAAAAUCUGCAGGAGACACUCACGGACAGGUGGGAACACGACGCUACAUGGCUCCUGAAGUCCUGGAGGGCGCCAUCAACUUCCAGCGGGACUCCUUCCUGCGUAUCGACAUGUACGCCUUCGGCCUUGUCUUGUGGGAGCUCGCAGCGCGCUGCACGGCCGCUGACGGCCCGGUGGACGAGUACAUGCUCCCGUUUGAGGAGGAGGUGGGUCAGCAUCCGUCUCUGGAGGACAUGCAGGAUGUGGUGGUUCAUAAGAAGCUGCGGCCCUGCCUCAGAGACUGCUGGCAGAAACACACGGGUCUGGCCAUGCUCUGCGAAACCAUCGAGGACUGCUGGGACCACGAGGCCGAGGCCCGCCUGUCCGCCGGCUGCGUCGAGGAGCGCAUCGGGCAGAUGCAGCGCCAAGCCCCCAUCAUCGGCCCGGAGGAGAUCGUCACCGUCGUCACCAUGGUGACCAACGUGGACCUCCCGCCCAAGGAGUCCAGCUUUUGAUCGGUCUGACUCCGGACGAGGUGCGCAGAAACACAAAUCAGCACGAGGGGGUGAACAGCCGACCCUGGUUGGUUGGCGAUGUGUAUUUUUUUCUUUCUCUCUUCUCCGUUCUCUUUGUUUUUGUUCCUUUAAGUGCGGGCCGCUACUUCAGGAAACACCCUGCGCCCACCUCACCACAUCAGUCGACAUCCACCUCAUUUUGAUAUGUGUGCCUGAGGAUUUUAACAUUUAACGUUUGAAAAACUCGAUUCAGGAUUUUAACGAGUGAAAGCGUCGACAUGCUGGGACGAACACUUUGAUCAUGUAUUGUUUUUAUAUACAUACACUCACAUAGGAGGGCGACCGCUUCUGCUCGGCUUUUCUACGGAGAGAGAAAACCCGGCGGGGGAAGUUCACGGACUCUCGAUGCAUUUUAGUGUAAAAACCAGAAAAAAGAAAAGAGGAGCUCCCGGCUCCGGAUACAUUUGCUGUUUUCUCGUGUGCGUUUUACUUUGAAGAAAUGACUAUCGUUCUGCCAAUAAGCAACGGCUUCUGAAUGUUUAUAGUGUAAUGCUGCUGUACAUAGUGUAUUAUGGACCCAGACAACUUGGUAAUCAAGCUUAUUUUAAAGGGGGGGUGAGGGGGACGGGGAGGGGAGGGGGGUCCAUUUUCAAGCAUUACGACGAUAAAAACCAUAAACCUCCUUCAACCAGGUAUACCUCACUUCAGACGGACACAAUUUAAAUUCUCCCUCUUCACAAUCAUGGCUCACUCUCUCGCCACCUCAGCUCUCCACAUGCACACGAUCUGCUGUCAGCAUCAUGGGUAAUGUAGUCAUUAAGGCCUCCAUACUCAUCGCCAUACAAACACGAGUUUCUCCCUUUGUCCUCCCCUUUCUUCGUCUCUUGACUGAAGAUGGUUUCUCUCAGUUCACGCUUCUUCUGAAAAUGAAUAGAAUCCCCCCCCCAUGAUGAAGUUGUCGUUUAAAGUGAUUAUUUUAAUGGUUUUUGGUUUGCCGUGUCAACUGUCAACGGUGUAAUAAUAUUUAUCGCCGUGAUUCUGCCCGUGAGAUCUGGAUGAACAGUAUUUAUAUCUCUCUGGAUUAGCGCUGGGUACCUUUCAGUCUUUGGUAUCACACUCAAACUGAGAGGUUUGAAUCGUUUCACACUUCUGGAGCGACUUCUUCCCGUUCUUAUAUUUCUGUGUGGUCUGAUUCCUUUAAGGAAUAAUAACUAAACAAAUCCAAACUUAUAAAGGUGUCAUUUAAACUUCAGUUCCCAGAGGUACCCAGCCCUACUUCGGAAACAAACCUGUAUUUAGCUGAGCCAGCUUGCUUUUUAAUUUGACCGCACACACAUCUCUCUCUCUCUCUCUUCUGUUUUUGGAUUACUAUCAAGAGUCUCUUUUGAAACACCUCAGGAAUCUUUGCUACUCACCACAUCCACCACCUCUUCCUCCUCACCCUCGCCUGUCUCCGACUGGAAUACCUCCUCUUUCGCUGAUUCUUACGCUUCCUCUCUUUCUCUCUCUCUCUGUCUUUCUCGUCUCACCUCUACCUGUUGAGAGAUUAGCCGUGCUCUCGUGCCCAAAAACACUUAAACAGUGUCUCCCUCAUCACCAGGAGCCUCCCUGAUUUAAUUAAGUUUAAGCUCUGAUCUUGUUUAUCAGGUUUUCUGUAUUGUCGUCGUCUUCUUCUUUUUCAGGCGUCAAACAGCACAUCAGCCCUCUUUCAGCUGGAUUCUUUUCUAACUCUGUUUCAUGUUAAAACAGAGACUUCCAGUCACAUGCAGGUUUAUUUCCCUCACACUGAAAUUCCUGGUUUGGAACCCAAACGCCGGCACGGCUAACCGCAGCGUGAGCUGGAGUUAAGACGAGGACUCUCUUCUCUCUCUCUUUCAUCCUGGUGCCAUUUCUACGUAUCCACAUUAGUUACUCUUGUAGAUGUCAGGCAAAACGGAUGUAUCUGUCACUGCUGCGAAAGGCAACAAUGACAUUUUUUGAAUCUUUAUUUCUUCUGAGGGACAUUGAACACUGGUGCCGGCAGACCUGCAGUCUCUCCUCAAGCUUCGGGACGGUUUCUCAGGGCGCAGAUUGAAAUCAAGCUUUCAGGGUUCGAAGUAUUUCAAGCUUAAAGAAACAUCCUUCCACUGAAUCAUUUCACAUUCAGGGCAAUACAUCAUUAUGCUUUCUUUGUAACAUACACAACAUGAGAAAGCAAACGCCGUACUGUAGUGCUCGAAAAUAGAACAGGAAAGGUUCACAGAAAAUCCUCCAGACAUCACAGAUCUGAAAUAUAACUAGACAUUUGUUUUGUGCUCUUUAAUGAGCCCAAACUACUCCAAAGUAUUGACUUUAAAGGGCCACAUGUUGCUUAGUAUUAAAAGAAUACUCACCUGACUUAAUUCCAAGAACUACAAAGUCUUCUUUUCGGCAACACGUCUAAAAAAUACACAAUUUGGUAAAUGUGCAGGAAGUGAGAGCUACGACAAGAUUGAGAUGUUUAUUUUCAGCACAGGAUAAGAUUCUUACAGCAACACAGCAAACCUGAAGGAAGCAGAAGCCAUCAUCUUAUUUGCUUACUGUAGCAGGAUAUUCUCAUCGAUAUCGCCAUCGUCCACACAGUCAGGAAAGAUCAGCAGUACUGCAAACCCCAGCAGCCCUUCGAUAAAUGCUACCUCACUCACAGGGAUUUCUUUAGGGUGGAAAGUUGGCAAAAACACCAAAAACAGUUCCUCAAUCUGACGGAUGAUUCCAUUUUUAUCUGAAGGCAGUUCCUCCUUGAACUGUGACUCCUGAUAACUCUCCUCAAUCCUCAGUUUUAUUUCAAUAAUGUGUCAUACUUAAAACAUUAAAACCCUCAGAUAUCUGAUCAUGAUUAAAAAAGGAUGACUGACAUCUUAACUCAGUUGAUCUGACACAAAUAGAGAACACCAGUAUUACCUGUUCCCUCAUGUUCCCCCAGACGCAGUAUUUCAGCAGCCAAGUGGACUUUUAGACUCUGCCUCCACACGCUGGUGGCUGCUCGAGCCGUCAGACCGAUCAGCCACAGCAAAAAAAACAACAACCUGCCAGCGCUCCGUUGGCGGCCACAUCACAGUACUGUAGGUAGACGUUUGAAAAGUUCAGUGUUUGAAAAGCUUGAGUUUAAACUGCGCUCGAGGAACCGUCCUGAACCAACAAAUACCAUUCAGGGAUUCAGUACUAUGCUUUUCUAAGUUCUCGCGAGUUAUAUGCAACCAGUGCCGCAAACUACCCUACACUUCUGUAGGACCAGCUGCAGGAGUGACUUUCAAUACACACACACACACACACACAUACACACACACAAAUAACUUGUAGCAUUUUAAUUUUGUUUUUUAAAAUCCGUGACCUUGCAUAUUGAUAUGUUGUAUUUAUUUUUUAAUUUACAGGCCUGAGGUUUUUGGGGAUUGAAGCUCAGGUGCAGCUCAGAAUAACGUUGUAAGAGUUGGCACGAUUGUUGUUUUUGGGGGAGGGUUUUUGGGGUGGGUGUUUUUGGUUGUAAUUCAGGAAAUACUUUCAUUAAUUCAAAAAGAAAAAAUAUAAACUGUAACGUGCUUCUUUCUAUUCAGUCUAUGGACAAAAAAACGACCGAGAAUGAAUGUUCUUCUUCAGACUCCUGGAUUUCUAGUAUUGUGUGUACUUUGAUGGAUCGAGCCCGGCCCUGUGUAACUUUAGAGGGCUUUGCGUUUGGCUGGUUUCGUGUGAUUGUGCCCUGUCGUUGCAGAAACCUGUAAAACCGGCACCUGGAGAUCCAUUUAUACACCUUUCGGUUUUACCUAUGGGAGAUUUGAACCAGUACCUGCUCUAAGGGAGAUGACCGUACAAUCAAACCAGAAACAGUCAAGCACUUUAUUUGAACGUGGUUUGCAGAGCCCCAAAGUUGUACCAAAAAUAUGCACAGGCCACAAUCAGAUAAGCAAGAACAGUCCUGCAAAGGAAGUCAGUUUGGAUUCUAGAAUGAGAUUCAGUUCAUCCAAAAUUAAAUUCUUGCUCUUUUUGUUUUUGUUGGAUCGAUUGAGACAAUCUGCUUUGCCAAACAAUCUCUAAUCUCUGUUAGAGAUCUGCAUAAAAUGUAGACUCUAGUGUAACCUGUGUAACCUGCUAUUUACAGUGAAACUGAGACUCUCCAGAAACAGAUGCUUCCUGCAGGGGAUGGAACAAACCUUUGCAGACAUAUGUCAGACAGUUGUCGCUAGGUUUAGAGAUUGAACAAUCCCAGAUGAGCUCCCUUCAGGUUUUGACUAUCCUAACAUAUUAAGUCUCACUUCAGCGUAAAACUGAACUUUGGUAUUUAAAGAUGUAUGAAUGGGUUCCUCCAGCAUGCAGGCUUUCCAGGUUUCUUCCCGACUUCCUCCAGCCCAGCACCUCACAUUGCUGUGCAUAUAAACUACCAGUGAAACAUUUGUGUCUUGUUGCCCCCCACUAUUUUAAGCAGUCUAGGAUCUGUACAGACAUGAGAACAUAAAUACCUGUAUCAACUAUAUACUCUUGAGCUGAAUCUUUAUAAGUGCGUGUUGAACUUCAGUGUUUCCUCUACAUUCAUUUAUACUUUUUCUUGUGUUUUGACUCCGCAGCAGAGCUUGGCUCAGCUGCAGAAAAAAAAAUGUCCUUCACUUUAAGUUGAGCUUUGUGUAAGCUAAAAGCUAGAGGCUCAUUGGAGUACUUUGUGAGGUAUCCCAGAAAGCACUUAAGGGUUUCUUGGCAGAGAGAAGUAGACGAAUGACGGACAUUUGGCCCAGGGCGUUCCACAAGGAGCUGAUCCGGGUCCCCUUACAGUUGCAUUUUAAAGACUCCCUGAAGCUCUUUGAGAGCAGUUGCAAUACUCCACAUGUGAUAAAACAAUCACCCACUACAGGUAUUUCAUUCCAGCAUCUCACUCUCCUGCUUUUCCAACUGUUGGCAAGAAUUUUAGAGGAAACAUUGAACUCCAAUGACCUCGCUGCCAAGGCUGUCUUGGCAGCCGGAUUACUCCAGUUGCCAGGCCUGAAAUUUCUACAAAAAAAGAAAAAACACUACAAGCAUUUUUGACCCCACAUUUCUCGAGGCUCUCGAGUUGCAGCGCUGAUCCAGGAUCUGCCAACGCAGUCUGUCGUGAUAAUGAUGCUCGCAGGGUUUCACGUUUUUAAAGCAUGAAGCUGAGGUGGGAUGUUUAAAAAAAAGUGUGUGUGAAAUAAGGAAAGUGUCUUGUUUCUUUACUCCUGAUACAUGUGACUGUACAUUUAUGUUACUGGAAAAAAUGUGAAAAUAGGACAAGACUCUGAGGUCGGGAAUUUCAAACUGGAAAAUGUGUAGGAAGUACAUCCCACUUUGAGUUUUUAUUUAGCAAGAGCGUGCCUGACCUUUGACCUCCAGUCGAAGGCAGGGUUAGAGAUUCCCUUCAACAAGUGUUAGAGUGAGAAAACAUCAGAAACCCUGCUGACAUGAUCACAGAGGAGACUAACUGAUCCCCAGUCAGCGCUGCAGCUCCCAGCUCACGGUUUUUAUCAGCUGAAGUGAUCCACGUGAUGUAAAUAAAUGUGUUUUUAGAUUGUGAA